AUGAUUGAAUUGAAGUGCUCUUUUUUAAAAAGAAAUCUUGCUGUUCAAGAUGAUUGUACCAAUAAAACCUUUUGUAUAGAAGCAGUAGAUGGGCAGCAAAUACUAAAAAUCAAACAUUUAUUUUACCAAUGUCAAGAAGCUAAUUUUAACAAUAAUGACAACGUUGUUGAACAAGCUGCAGAUUUAAUUAAUGUGACUGACGACUUUCUAGAUCCUGAUAACAUAGAAAAUAAAGAUCACAUGGAGCCCGGCAAUCUUUUAGUUAUCAACAAUAUCUCUGAGAACUAUAAUUUAUAUAUAACUGAUAAUAAAAUUACUAAAACAAAACUGCUUGACUUUGAUGUUGGUAGUCUAAAAAAUGAAAAACCAAAUGCUUCUGAAGUUGAAGGAGCAGUUCGUAGGGCUCCAGAAAAGAUCCCAUCUCAAUUUCCAAAAGAUGUGAACGGACAUUUAUUUACUGUUUGUAUACUACAUGCAAGUAUGAAAAAUGGAGAAUAUGUUCCCCGUGAUUGGCUUGUUUGGAGCAAAGUUAAACAAUCGAUGUUUUUUUUUCCUUGUCGUCUUUUUAGUAAACUACCAACAGCAAAUCGCUCACGUUUAUCAACUAUACCUGGGUAUUGUUUUCAAAGAAAAUGGAAAAAAUUACAUGACAAAAUUCAAGAGCAUCAAAACAGCAGCAACCAUAAAUAUUGCUAUAUUAAAUGGCGGCAAUUGGAAAAAACGAAACGAGGUUUGGGAUUUAGAGGAACAAGUGAUUUAGUUGGAGUUGCAGAAAAUGCCAAUUUUUUGGGCAUUUUAGAGCUCUUGUGCCAUUAUGAUUCUGUCUUGAAAGACCAUCUUAAUAAAUUGAUGAAGUCACAGAAACUAAAGAGAAAAAAACAAGCAACUUACCUUUUACCGGAAAUGCAAAAUGAGUUUAUAGAGUGUUGUGCCAAAAAAGUAUUAGACGUUAUUCUGAGUGAACGAGAAGCAGGAAAAUAUUAUUCAAUACUUGUUGAUGCAACCCCUGAUUCAGCACAUAUGGAACAAACUGUAUUUACAUUGUGUUAUGUUUAUUUAAGUGAAGAAAAUCUCUACUUAGUUCAAGAGCAAUUUCUAGAGUUUGUUGGCUGCAAUCAGAAAACGGGGAAAGCUAUUGCUGAAUAA